GGAAAUACUAGCACAAGAAACAAAAGGUUCCAAUUCCUUCGAAUGAAAACCUGAAGGCAAAAAAAACACCCAACAUUUGAAAUCUUACUCGAGUACUUGCAGAUCUAAAACCAUGUAGUGGCUUUCUUGCAUAAACAGGAAAAGCAUGGUUUCAUGUUGGUAUAUCUAGAGGUAGCAAGAAAACCCUGAGCAGAUUCAGACUUUGCAGCAAAGAUGAAGAACUUCCUGCCAAAGUUCGCUCUCAAAAAACUCAGCACCUACGUCGCAGUGAUUGUGAUUUUUGUGCACAAUGUUGUGCUUGACAAAGAUUUGGAGUGCUCAUGCAAACGACAAGCUCUUGACUGCAAUUACUACAUGAUUAUGCCGUUCUUUAUUAUAUUUGUUUUACAACUCUGGACGGACAGAACAUUUCUGAGAGCCUGGAAGUAUACCUGCGCCUGUACAUGUAUGUGUACAGAUGACUGCAAGAAAGACUUUAAAACACGUUGCAAACUGUUCAGCAUUUUAGUUUAUCACAUUGUCAAGGCCGUGUUGGUAGGUCUGCUGUGGGUUACCUCUGUGUUCAUUGAUGGAGACUGGUAUGUUUGCUGUCAGAAUGAUCAUUCUGAACAACAGGCUCAGUUAGCCUGCAAAAACAAAGACAACCUGACAGCUGAGGAAAAGGCGAUCAUCGCUGAACUGAAAAACCAUUCAAUGGUUAUCGGCAUGUCUCUGCUCUUUUGUACCCUGUUCCUGGCUGCCUUGAUAUCAUCAUUUGGACGGAUGACAUGCUGUAAGGAUUCAAGUUGUUGCAACAGAAAUAUUCUGUACUACAAAGUGAUUUUGGAUGAGGAGGAAAAUGUGCUGAAAGAGAUUUUGACAAAAGCGGCAAAAGAAAAGUUGACUGACGCAGUCAAGUUGAAAAUGGGUGAACCCAAGUGGCAAAAAUGUUUUGAUGUUGCUAAAGAACUGAUUGAACAACCCACUGCACCUACAUUUCCAGAAGCAGCCGGAAACCAGGAGCACAUUCCUCUUGAACAACGGAGAUCAGAGGUUCAAAGGCCAGAGGAUCGGAGGCCAGAGGAUCGGCAGCCAGAGACAGGUGUCUCCUCUUUUAACGGCGGCGGAGCAGGAGAGAACGGAGGAGAAUCCUGAUUCAUCUGACGCUCGCUUAUAAAGAUGGAUCUUUUCUGAUCAUUUUUUUUACCCAACACAACAUACUGGAAAGAAAUGUUGUAUUGAGCUCAACAGUUUUUUUACCUAAUCAUUUAAACAGGGGAAAUCUUCGGUUUGUUCUGCUAGAUCUAAGUGCUUCAUUUGAUACCAUUGACCUUUCUCUUUUACUGGUACGUCUCGAAGACUGCGUUGGCCUCUCCGGUUCAGUUAUAAGUGGUUUUAUUCCUACUUACAAGAGAGAUCUUUUAGUGCGGCUAUCGGUAACUCACAGCCAUCCUCUGUGAGCAUAAAGUGAGUAUCUAUCAAUAUGCUGAUGACACUGAAUUGUACCUCUCUUUUAACCAAAAGGACCUUUUAUCAAAUU